CUCUCUCUGUACACGCUGCUGGCAAAGCAAGCUGGCUUUCCCAGGGACAGACUAAGAGCUUUAGUCUGAAGCACAGGACUGCACAGUGCCGCAGGGAACUAACAGCACACUGGAUUAUUAAUUACCACCUCUGCUGAGACAGACUUACAGCCCAGCACUGCCACUGAAAUCAAUGGAGUUCUUCAGUGAAUUCCUGCAGCUUGCAAUUCCCCAGUACAAACCUAUGGGAAGAAAAAUUGUUUUCUAUUGCCUGAUUUUCCUCCUGCUGAUGGAUGGGAGCCUGCUAGAACACGUAAAAAAUUCCGAAACAUAUUGCGUUUUUCAAGACAGAAAGUAUCGUGUUGGAGAAAGAUGGCAUCCUUAUCUGGAACCCUAUGGACUUGUAUAUUGUGUAAACUGCCUGUGUCGAGAGGGUGGAAAUGUCCUUUGCAGCAGAGUGAGAUGCCCAAGUCUGCAUUGCACCAACCCAGUUUAUAUACCACAGCUGUGCUGCCCACGCUGCCCAGGAGAUGGAAUGUUAUCCUGGGAGCACCAUGAACCAGACACCUACAGACAGCCAGCUAACAGAGAAGCGAGACACUCCUAUCACCGUGUCCAUGACCACUCACCUGGCUCCAACAGGCAAACAGGGAACGCACAGCAUAAAUUCUCCAGCACAAGAAGCAAUCGUGGAGUCCUUUCAGAUCCCCAACAGGCCUCAGGAACUAUCGUGCAGAUUGUCAUCAACAACAACCACAAGCAUGGGAAAGUGUGCGUGUCUAAUGGGAAGACAUACUCCCACGGAGAAUCUUGGCAUCCCACCUUGCGAGUCUUUGGAGUGGUGGAAUGUGUGCUGUGUACCUGCAAUUUUACAAAACAGGAAUGCAAGAAAAUAAGCUGCCCAGAGCAAUAUACAUGUAAAUAUCCCCAGAAGAUAGAUGGGAAAUGCUGCAAAGUUUGCCCAGAGGAAGUUAUUGACCCUCAUUCUGGGGACAGAGAUUCCUUAUGUGGAGAAGAAACCAUCCCAGUGUAUGAAGCCGUAUUGCUGGAGCAAGAAGAAACCAUCAGGAAAAUUGCCGUAGUGACAGAUGACCCCCCUAUGUCGGACAUCCAUGUGUGGAUCAUUCAGAAAGGUAUUCUGCGCCAGUUUUACACAGAAAAAAUGCCCACUGAAGAAUUUAAAGAGCAGCAGGAGUUCAAACAAAUAACUAGGACAACACCAAGUCAGUGGAAAAUCUUCAGUGAAGGCGAAGCGCAAAUUAGCCACAUGUGCGAAACACGAGUUUGUCGGACAGAACUGGAAGACUUGGUGAAGGUUCUGUACAUAGACAAGAGUGAAAAGGGCCAUUGUUAAGAGCAGGAGUCUGAAGGGGAUUCUAAUCCAGAAGCAGCCUAAAGACAUUGGAUUUGUAGCUGGACUGCAGGCUGAUUCUGCUUAAGUCAACAGUGUUGCAGAACUCAGAAUGUGGGGACUGUUAUGCAUGAUGUGUUGCAGAAAGCAAAUGACAAAUCUAACUGUGUAGGAGCAUUUAAAUGCUUCCUCUUAUGCCUUAGAGGGCUGGCAUCAAAUCUGAAAAAUACAGGUUUCUUUUUUAAGUGAAAUGUUUAUUUGGAAAGUUAAUAUUAAUGGAAUAUGCAUAAAGUAGUAAGAGACAACAUAUAAGUGUGUGAAUCAAUGUACUUCUGCAGAUCUUGGCAUGCAUGUCAUUUCAUCACUGGCUAAAAUCUAGGGAGGGUGCUGCUUUAACAACAUAGUGCAGUAACUCUCCCCAACCAUUCAACAUACAGUAUAGCUUUGAUUGGCUGUGCGCUCUAAGAGUUAGCACAUGUCUCAUAUGCUUAUGGCUGUGGGCUACUUCCAUGGUUCUACAUUACAGUCUGGGGGGGCAUGAUGUUCCUGCCACAGAAAUUUUCCAAACCAAAGUUUACUUUUAAGUCAAGCAAAAAAAUGUUCAGUAUUUUUAAAUAAAGUGGUUCACAACCUGAAUACAAGGCAAGUUUAGUGUCAAAAGACACAAAAAGAAUUACUUAUGGAGCACUGGUGAAGCACAAUGUUGCACUGGCCCCCAAUGCUUACAUAUUCCUAAUGCUCUGUAGGGUCACAUAGCCUAAAGCCACGUAUUAGUAAUAUAUGAAUUUAUCAGUAUAACACUGCCAACAUAUGUAAAACCAAUGGGAAAACAAGCUACAUGAUAACAAAUCAAUCGCUGUCCUUCAUGGAAAUGAUAUUGCCAAAUAUUAUCUUGUCUUUGAGUGUCUCUUUGUUAGUAAAUGUUGCAUUGCCAAUGUAUUAUGCCUUGUCUCUGAAGAAUAUUAUGUAAUAUACUUUUUUAUGAUAUGUUGGCAGAAAGAACAAUAUACACAUAACAUUGGUUAAAAAGGGUUCAACUUAACAAAAGUACAAUGGCCCAACCCAGCCAGGCAGAGUGUACUAAAAGCAAAGGACUGGUUGGUUCUUUUUGCUUUUUGUGCUCUUUGAAAUGUUUACUUAUGUUAAAGUAUAAGGCACCCCCAACUUGUGGCCCUCCAGCUGCUGCUGAACUACCUUCUCUUGGCAUCUCAAUGGCUAGCAAGGAGUUAUAGGGCGUCAGCUACUGUGUGUCUAAUAUAUAUAACCAUUUAGCCAGAGAAGAAAAAAUGAACGCUAGGGUAUUAGGAUAAAAAAAUGUACAUAAUGCACUUUUAUCAGAAUUCUUCUCUGGAAGACAUAUCAGCUACAGAAAAUGUCUGUGUCACAAUGAGCAUAAUGAGAGCAGAUAAUGUGUCCAUACAGCAUUAUUUGUGUGCUUGAAUCUCAUGCCAUAUAAGCUUGCUAACAUAUAAAAUGAAAACAAAAACAUCCAGACCAGAAAAGUGAAAUGUGAUAUUUGUGAUGUUUUCGUUUUUUAUUAAAAAUGCUGAGUUUUUGCAUCAUGGAUAGCUA